UUACGAGCGAAGUGUCGGCCGUUAAGUUUGGUAUAAAGUGACGGAGCAGGCAGUGGAGCAGCCGUUAGCUACCUUUGCGACAGCGCCAUAAAACACGUUCAGUCGGUCUGGCUGUCGGGGAGCGCGCGUGACGGGUUUGUAAGCCGAACAAGAACGACACAGUCCUAGAAUGAAUGUCGCCAAAAGUGGCUACCGCGUUUUUUCUGCUAACUCGACCGCAGCGUGCACAGAAUUAGCCAAGAAGAUAACAGAGCGGCUGGGAGUCGAACUGGGAAAGUCUGUGGUCUUCCAGGGGCCCAACAGAGAGACAAGAGUGGAUGUAAAAGAAUCUGUUCGAGGCCAGACUAUCUUUAUUAUCCAGACUAUACCAAGAGAUGUCAACACCGCCAUCAUGGAGCUUCUCAUCAUGGCUUAUGCCCUCAAAACAUCCUGUGCAAAGAACAUCAUUGGCGUCAUCCCUUACUUCCCGUAUAGCAAACAGUGCAAAAUGAGAAAGAGGGGCUCAAUAGUGUGCAAGUUGUUAGCGUCGAUGUUGGCUAGAGCAGGAUUAACGCACAUCAUCACCAUGGAUUUGCAUCAGAAAGAGAUCCAGGGCUUUUUCAGCUUUCCGGUGGAUAACCUGCGUGCCUCUCCAUUCCUAAUUCAGUACAUCCAAGAGGAGAUUCCUGAUUACAGAAAUGCCAUCAUUGUGGCUAAAUCUCCUGCUGCAGCUAAAAGGGCUCAGUCCUAUGCAGAACGGCUCCGCUUGGGUCUGGCGGUGAUUCACGGCGAGGCGCAGUGCGCGGAGUCGGACAUGGCCGACGGGAGGCACUCCCCGCCCUGUGUGCGCAACACCACCGGCCACACGGGGCUGGAACUACCUUCAGGCAAACAACAAGCUCCGUUCCCUGGCAUAGAGCUACCAAUAAUGAUGGCCAAGGAGAAACCUCCGAUUACGGUGGUUGGAGACGUGGGCGGCAGAAUCGCCAUCAUUGUGGAUGAUAUCAUAGAUGAUGUGGGAGACUUCGUUGCUGCCGCAGAGAUCCUGAAAGAGCGAGGGGCCUAUAAGAUUUAUAUCAUGGCCACGCAUGGUUUGCUGUCUGCAGACGCUCCACGCCUCAUAGAGGAGUCGGCCAUCGAUGAGGUGGUUGUGACCAACACCGUUCCCCACGAAGUCCAGAAGCUCCAGUGUCCUAAAAUCAAGACGGUGGACGUCAGCAUGAUCCUCGCCGAGGCCAUCCGCCGCAUCCACAACGGAGAAUCCAUGGCCUACUUAUUCCGCAACAUCACUGUGGAUGACUAAAAGGGCGCGCCAGAGGAAAGCCAAAUGUUUCGUUUAUGCCAGGAUUACUUGUUUGCUGUACACGUAUCCUUGACGGUUUGAAAGAAAUUCUUCGUUUUUGCCUUCAAAUAAUUUGUUUUCUUACAGAAAACGUAUAAAAUUUACAAAAAAACUCCUCCCCGCUGACCUGAGCUGCUGAAAGGAUGUGCAGACGCCCAGUAAGCAACGUAUUUACAAUAAACCGGCAUGGGAAUAGAAGACUUUUCAGAGCAAGCAAACACUCCAAUUCACAAUUAACAGGCUUUAGCAGCUCUUGUACUAAACUUCCUGUCGAAGGAGCGUUCAUCGCAUGUCCUCCUGCACUCCGCUUCACAACACAGACCACAAAACGGACCAACUGUGUUUCUCAGAAAUCUUUAUUUAACAUUUUUUGCAUCAUUUCUGAACUUAUUUGUAACCUAUUUCAAGCAGUGUCUUAAAAACAGUCAUUUUUAAAAGAGGUUUAAUACAUUAAAACCUGUUUAUUUUAGGAUCUUUGCAGUAUUUGAUUUAGUAAAGCAGCUUUUUUUUAAUUUUUCCCACUGUUACUGUAUAACUUGGUCAGUUUGGAAGAUUUAUUUAGAUGUUGGAUUUAACCCUCCGAUUAAAAAGUUAUCUUGUUGAGCCACAUCCGGCUUUACCGUUAAAAAUGUCUUCCGUGCAAAAACACUACAAGACUUUGAGCCACGGAGUCGUUUUAAAAACUGUGAACGCUCCGUCUCAAAUGCCGCUUCUUCAUCAGCUCAGAUCCGCAUUUGUCAAAGACGCGUUUGGUCUAUUUAUUACCCCCCCACCCCCCGCCGUUUCCCUGUUCUCAUGACUGUUUGAGCCAUUUGUCCGUGUGAAUUCAAUAAAAACACCUUCCUCUCA